AUGGCGACGACCUCGAACAUGUUUCUUUACUCCCUGACCCUUCAAUCGCCUACCAAUGUCACACAGGCGGUGCUGGGUCAGUUCUCUGGCACCAAGGAGCAGAAUAUUGUGACAGCAUCAGGGUCGCGAUUGACUUUGCUUCGCCCGGAUCCGUCACAGGGAAAGGUCAUCACUCUCCUCUCGCAUGAUAUCUUCGGCAUCAUCAGGUCUAUGGCCGCUUUCCGCUUGGCUGGAAGCAACAAAGACUAUCUCAUCCUUGCGACUGACUCUGGAAGAAUCACAAUCGUCGAGUACAUUCCCGCGCAGAAUCGGUUUCAACGUCUGCAUCUAGAGACUUUUGGCAAGUCUGGGGUACGACGAGUCAUACCUGGAGAAUAUCUUGCAUGCGAUCCGAAAGGCAGAGCGUGUAUGAUUGCGUCAGUCGAGAAGAAUAAGCUCGUAUACGUCCUCAACCGCAAUUCGCAGGCCGAGCUCACGAUCUCUUCGCCUCUUGAGGCACACAAGCCCGGAGUCCUGGUGCUGUGCAUGGUCGCAUUGGACGUCGGCUAUGCCAACCCUGUCUUUGCUGCGCUCGAGAUCGAGUACACUGAGGCAGACCAAGAUCCUACGGGAGAGGCAGCUCGGGAAGCAGAGACUCAGCUGGUGUACUACGAGUUGGACUUGGGACUAAACCACGUUGUCCGGAAAUGGUCCGAACCUGUCGAUCCCACGGCUUCACUGCUGUUUCAAGUCCCAGGUGGUCAAGAUGGCCCCAGUGGAGUCUUGGUUUGUGGAGAGGAAAACAUCACAUACAGGCACUCCAAUCAGGAAGCCUUCCGUGUGCCCAUCCCGCGCCGGAGAGGUGCAACGGAAGACCCUUCCAGGAAGCGGCACGUGGUGUCUGGCGUCAUGCACAAGCUGAAAGGUAGUGCUGGCGCCUUCUUCUUCCUCCUGCAGACUGAGGAUGGGGACCUCUUCAAGGCCACCCUCGAUAUGGUUGAGGAUGCAGAUGGCAAUCCCACUGGCGAAGUGAAGCGGCUGAAGAUCAAGUACUUCGACACGGUGCCGGUAUCAUCUAGCCUCUGCAUUCUCAAGAGCGGUUUCCUCUACGCUGCUAGCCAGUUUGGCAACCACCAAUUCUACCAGUUCGAGAAGCUCGGAGACGACGACGAGGAACUGGAAUUCUCAAGCGACGACUUCCCAACAGACCCUAGGGCUGGUUACGAAGCGGUCUACUUCCAUCCCCGACCACUGGAGAAUCUUGCUCUAGUCGAGAGCAUUGACUCCAUGAACCCCCUUCUUGACUGCAAAGUAGCCAACCUGACUGGUGAGGAUGCGCCACAAAUCUACACAGCCUGCGGCAACGGUGCCCGUAGCACAUUUAGGAUGUUGAAGCAUGGCUUGGAAGUCAAUGAGAUUGUGGCGUCCGAACUGCCUGGCAUUCCCUCGGCGGUUUGGACUCUCAAGCUGAGCCGCGGCGACCAAUAUGAUGCGUAUAUUGUGUUGUCUUUCACCAACGGAACUCUUGUUUUAAGCAUUGGUGAGACGGUCGAGGAGGUCAGCGAUUCCGGUUUCCUAACAUCUGUGCCGACUUUGGCAGCACAGUUGCUGGGCGAAGACGGCCUCAUUCAGGUCCAUCCCAAAGGCAUUCGUCACAUCAGACAUGGCCAAGUCAACGAAUGGGCCGCACCGCAGCACAGAUCCAUCGUCGCGGCGACCACCAACGAGCAUCAGGUAGCAGUUGCACUCAGCUCGGGUGAGAUUGUCUACUUCGAGAUGGAUGGCGAUGGAUCCCUUGCCGAGUACGAUGAGAAGAAGGAAAUGUUCGGAACUGUCACAUGUCUGAGCUUGGGUGAAAUCCCCGAAGGACGCCUGCGAAGUUCAUUCCUGGCUGUGGGCUGCGAUGACAGCACUGUACGUGUCUUGUCGUUAGACCCCGAGUCAACGCUGGAGAGCAAGUCAGUCCAAGCCUUGACUGCUCCUCCAUCAUCCCUUGCAAUCAUUGCCAUGGAUGACUCCUCGUCCGGAGGCUCAACGCUAUACCUCCAUAUCGGCCUUCAUUCUGGUGUCUACCUCCGUACUGUGUUGGACGAAAUCACCGGAGAGCUUACGGAUACGAGGCAAAAGUUCCUCGGUCCCAAGCCGGUGCGACUUUUCCAAGCUACUGUUCAAGGACGGACCUGCGUGAUAGGGUUGAGCUCCCGUCCUUGGCUUGGCUAUUCUGAUCCCAUCACUCGAGGCUUCCUGGUGACGCCCUUGAACUACGUUGACCUCGAAUGGGUUUGGAAUUUCAGCAGCGAGCAGUGUGAAGAAGGUGUCGUUGGCAUUCAGGGUCAAUCACUAAGAAUUUUUGCCAUUGAGAACCUAGGAGACACCAUUACACAAAAGUCGAUACCCCUCACCUACACUCCGCGACGUCUUCUCAAGCAUCCUGAACACCCCAUGUUUUACACGGUCGAGGCAGACAACAAUACGCUGCCACCUGACCUACGGGCCAAGCUCAUCGCAGAACCUGGUGUCGUCAAUGGCGACGCUGUGGUGCUCCCGCCUGACGAGUUCGGAUACCCCAAGGGCAAAGGCCGCUGGGCUUCCUGCAUCAGCGUCAUCGAUCCCUUGUCAGAGGAUCAGCAAGUUCUGCAGACCGUUGACCUCGACAACAACGAAGCAGCUGUCAGUGCUGCAAUCGUUUCGUUUGCUAGCCAGGACAACGAAAGCUUCCUGAUUGUUGGCACCGGCAAGGACAUGGUUGUCAACCCUCGCCAGUUCUCUGAAGGCUACAUCCAUGUCUACCGCUUCAGCGAAGAUGGUCAUGAGCUAGAAUUCAUUCACAAAACAAAGGUCGAAGAGCCUCCAUCAGCACUCCUUGGCUUCCAAGGCAGACUACUCGCGGGCGUUGGCAAGACCUUGAGGAUUUACGACCUCGGCCUGAGACAGAUGCUCAGAAAGGCCCAAGCCGACGUGGCCCCGCAACUGAUUGUGUCUCUGAGCACACAAGGAAGUCGCAUCGUCGUCGGCGAUGUCCAGCACGGCAUCACUUAUGUCGUCUACAAGGCGACGACGAACAAGCUCAUUCCCUUCGUUGACGAUACCAUCUCCAGAUGGGUUACAUGCACCGCAAUGGUGGACUACGAAUCAGUUGUUGGAGGCGACAAAUUCGGCAACAUGUUCCUCGUCCGCUGCCCUGAGAAGGCAAGUCAAGAAGCAGACGAGGAGUCAGGCGGCCUCCAUCUCCUCAACACGAGAGACUAUCUCCACGGCACGCCACACCGUCUCAACCUCCUAGGCCACUCCUACACCCAAGAUGUUCCUACUAGCAUCACGAAAACAAGUUUGGUCGUCGGUGGCCAGGACGUUCUGCUCUGGAGCGGUAUCAACGGUACCAUUGGCGUUUUCAUUCCGUUCGUGACCCGCGAGGACGUGGACUUCUUCCAGAACCUCGAGCAGCACAUGCGUACCGAGGACGCGCCGCUCGCCGGAAGGGAUCAUCUCAUGUACCGUGGUUACUACGUCCCCGUAAAGGGCGUCAUUGACGGUGAUUUGUGUGAGAGAUACACCCUUCUGCCUAGCGAAAAGAAGCAGAUGAUUGCCGGUGAACUCGACCGCUCAGUAAGAGAGAUCGAGAGGAAGAUUUCUGACAUCCGAACGAGGUCUGCCUUCUAA